AUGUCGAUGCACACCACCCUCCGCCGCACCGCGGCCACAAUAUCCAGCUCAACAAGCACCAUCCUCCCCUCCAGCCAAAUCACCUCCACCCAAUCCAAGUCUACAUCCUUCAUCUGCUCGCAAUGCCGACACGCUACCCUUCUCCGCCGCCCUAAGCGUCCCUACACCUUCACUCAGCUCGUCACGCUCUCCGACGGCAGCGCGUUCACCCACCGCACCACCUCUCCCGUGCCUGUGUACCGCUCGGCGCGUGAUACCCGCAACUCGCUCCUGUGGAACCCUUCUAGCAGCAAGCUUAUGAAUGUUGAGGACGACGAGGCCGGUCGACUGGCUGCUUUCAGAUCGCGUUUCGGCCGGAGCUUCGAUGCCAGUGCCCCUGCAGCGGAGGAGGAUCCUGCUGCUGCUAAGGCUCAGGAGGAGGCUGCUAAGGCCCAGGAGAAGGCUGACCAGGAGGAAGAGGAUAACCUUUUGGACUUGAUCAGUUCGUUUGGACAGAGCGAGGCGCCGCCUCCAGAGAAGAAGAAGAAGUGGUGA